UCAGGCUUGGGUCUUCCCCCUUAGCCAACACAUUCCUUUGGCUACUCUCGUUUUAACAACUUGGAAAAUUUAUUUAGAAAAAAUAAAAAUUUGUAAAAAUUUUAUGACGAUUGGAAAAGAAGAGAAGGCAUCCAAAUCUGUAGUAACAUCCAGACCGAUUCGCGAUGCAGGCUCACCACGCGAUGCCCGACUUCCGGUGCCGGAACAAUUGCCAGCACAAGGAGUGCCAGAGGCAUGCUCCCCUGGGCAUCAUUGACCAGCACACGCAGUGCAAGUGCCUGGGUGAGGUGAAUGCCUCCUCAAUAUUCCUGGAGAACGUCCUGGAUUUGGCCAAUACGCUGGCCCAGGUGAUGAUCAUCUGCGGACUGCACGAGUGCAAGGCCAAAUCGACGGUGGACAUCAUCUCCUAUGCCUUCCUGCACUAUGACCAGGUGUGUUACUGCUUGGACACCACACCGAAGAAGCGGCUGCGGAAGGAGGACCUCUUCCACGAGCUGGGCAAGAAGUCGCUGAUGAACAAGGUGGAGGCCCAUCUGGCCUAUGCCAUUAUAAAGCGCGGCUUCAAGGCCUUUUACUACGAACCGAAGCAGGAUUUGACCUAUGACGAACAGGGCAGACCCUCCUACAAUGAUGAGUGCGUUUGGGUCCAUGCCGCUCGCAAGUCGGCGGAAAGCUGUGCCCGCUUCGACGGAUUAUCCUGUGCCGAGCAGUUGGCCUACGAGGCCAAGAUUAAGAUCGUCUACAAGAAGUUCUAUGACCGGAUGCAGACCCGCAAGCGGCAGCCGGAGGGCGAUGACUGCAACUGUUGCUUCUGUGCCAAGAAGCGUGGUCAUUUGGUGUAUGCCAAGGAGCCGGUGCCAUGUAGUUCUGCACCCAAGAAGACCCGGCACGUGUGUCCCUAUUGCUGCAAGAAGAAACAGAAGCAACAAUAUACACAUCCAGCCCGCCAACCGGCCAAGUGUCCCAAGUGCCACAAGUCGAGGAAGUUCUGUUGCUGUGCCAAGAUGGACUUCAACCUGCAAUGGGUCAGGAGCAUUUGGGAGCGACCCGAUUUCAAUCAGUACUACAAGAACGAGAUUGCCGAAAUCGAGGAUCGUCUGGUCAAGGGCACCUGCUGGGUGCCAUUGGAACCAGAAGAGAAGCUCGGCGACGGGGAAGAGGGCGAGGAGGAGGAGAUUAUUCCGGAAAUGCCAGCGGAGGCUCUGCUAGCCCUUGCUGGCAAGGAGCUGCCCAGCACCCAGCCAGCCGAAACAACCGCCGAGGGUUCGCCAACAAAACAAGGAUCCGUUAUCGAGGAAGCUGUUGAGGCCUAAGCCCCACUCGUAGAUAGGGUCGCUUUUCGGUUCUGGUUUUAGCCCUAUACAUACUCUCGGGAGUCCUUCAACCAAAUUCAAGGUGAUGCAGACCAAAUUUAAGAAAUAAAUCAUUUUAUACAAGAUAUGGAAAAUA